GUCUGUCACGUCACCACUACGAUCGAUCCCCUCCGUUACCCAACAUUCGCUCCUUGGGCAAACCGUCCCUGUCAGGGCGAUUGAUAAGCACCCUGCGUUUAGUUAUCUUAGCAUCUUCGCUCUUCUGGUUCCGCGACGCUCUUCCCCCUCUCCCCCCUCCCCCCUUCCCUGCCUCAACAAUGGCUUGAACCUGUCCUGCCCCUUCAGUACCAGAGCUAGCAGAUGUAGCCGCCAGAUCUUUACGCUCUCUAUACACAAAUCCCAACUCCCUAGCGCGAAAUGGCUUCCAUCGUGCCGCCCGUCGAGGGCGAAACACCGCCGCCCACCGUGCAUGCCGAGGUUGAGGUUGACGGGGUAUCGCGUGGGUCGGACGCUUCUCCAGAUGGCCGGAAAGGCACCGUUCGCAUGCGCAUCCACGAACAUACCCCCUUAUUGCAAGGCGCAGACGAGGACGAGGAUUCGGAAUCGGACCAAGACGGUCUGUUAGGUGUGCGACAUGACGUCGCUGAAGAUAACAACUUUUGGCGGUCCUGCAGGAAAUCAAGCAUUUUCUGGAUCCUCCCAUUUCUCCUUGUUUAUAUGCUUGGGUUUGGCGCGACCGCGGUCCCGAAAAUCAACCUGAUGAUGUCUCUGAUCUGCCGAGAUUACAUGGCUAAGAAAGCAACCCAAGAUCCGGGUUUCACCUAUCUUCCCGUCGUCAUUGGGAGCCAUAACUCCCAGUGCCAGACACCCGAGGUACAAUCGUUACUGGCGCAGUUCCAGUUGUAUUUCAAUCUGACGGCAGGCGUACUGUCUGCAUUGGCCUGUCCCCGGCUGGGCCACUUGUCGGAUCGCUAUGGCAGGACUAAGAUCCUGGCCAUCAGCGCGCUCGGGACUGUUCUGGCAGAGGCCAUCACCGUUUUCGUCGCAGCCAGGCCAGACCUCGUGUCGGUGAACGUGCUUCUGCUCGCUGCCUUCUGCGACGGCGUGAGUGGUUCCUUUACGACUAUCAUGGCAUUGUCGAUGUCCUACACCUCCGACUGCACUGCUCCCGCAAAGCGAAGCGUGUCAUUCAGUUAUCUAUACGGCUCCCUUUUCGGAGGCAUUGCAGUCGGGCCACUCAUCGCGGCAUUUUUGAUAAAGAAGACGGGCAAUGUGAUUAGUGUCUUUGAUGCCUCGCUAGCGUUGCAUGCGGUCUACUUUGUGGCGAUCUUGACCGUUGUCCCAGAAUCAUUGCCAAAGGAACGACAGCAUGUCUCGCGAGACAGCCACCGGAGAAAGCUUUCCACCGAGGGCGAAGCGGGAUGGCUGUCCCUUGGGAACCUGAACCCGAAAAACCUCAUCACUCCUUUGUCCGUUUUGCUCCCACCGGUUGGACGUCCGAGUGCUUUGUUCCCCAACCGCCAUGGCGCAAGCCCGCCUUUGCGGAGGAACAUCAUCCUCCUUACGAUCAUCGACACUCUUGCAUUUGGCAUAGGGCUAGGGACAGCCCAGGUGGUCAUCAUCUACGCCGAAUACAAGUUCGGCUGGGGCAAUGUCGAAUCGAGUCUGUUUAUUUCGACCGUCAGCCUCAUCCGGGUCGUCAACCUCUUCAUCGUAUAUCCCCUUGUGACGGCCAUCUUCCGGGAGCCCCCGAGAACGGGGCACAUCGUUUCCGGGUCCAGCACCUACGAGGUUGUUCUCAUCCGGCUAUCCCUCCUUCUAGACACGGUGGGCUAUAUCGGCUAUGCGAUGUCGAAUCAGAGCCCCGUCAUGGUCUUCUCGGGCGUUGUCACGGCAUUCGGGGGCAUGGGUAUCCCGACACUGCAAUCGGCCCUCACCAAACACGUCCCUCGUGAACGAGUAGGGCAGAUCCUGGGCGCGAAGGGCCUUUUGCACGCUCUUGCUCGCGUAAUCGCCCCGUCGGUUUGCAGUCUGAUCUACAGCCUGACGGUGGGUAAAUUUACCCCGGCUAUAUUCGUAUGUCUGGGAACUGUGUUUGGGCUUGCUUUCGGCUGCAGUUUCUACAUCAAAUCACACGUCUCUCUGGAUGACUCUUAUCCAGGAACCUCCCCGGGGGAGGUGAAUGAAGAGGGAGCAGAUAAUGAUACUUUGCUCUAGAAGGUGUCCUGGUCCCUCCUGAUAGCAAGCCCCGAUAUCGGUUCAUACCGGGUUGUUUCCAGGACAGACUUUUUGAAUUUCGGUUAGGUGGCGGUGUAUAUAUGAGUGAAUCUGUGUUUGAAUCUGUACCUCUCUUAGACCAUAUCGCAUGAGAUUCCAGCGAUCUCAAAGAGUAAACACACGAGCAUAAGGAGUGGAUACCUCCGUAGUC